UCUAGACCAGUUGGGCCGCUCCCUUCGCUCCCGAAGACAGUGACACUGGGUUGGAGCAUUUAUUUCUCUCGAAAUGACGGGAAAGCAACAUAUCAACGACGCGCAACCACUCACAGUUGACCAACACUUUUCGGAUUUAAUGAGUGACACAAGUGUCAUUGAUGAAACACCAAAGGAAUUCAGAAGAGAUGAAUUGCCAGACUGGUACGAUGGGGAAUUAUUCAAAGCAGGACAGAAUUACAUAGCCAGAAAUUUAAUGGGGGUUGUUGCAAGCAGCGCGGCUGGAAUUCUUGCUGUAUUAGUUAUUCCGUCGAUUCUGAGAAUAUUAGUGUGGACGAAAAAGAGCGGCACUCCUUGUACCGCGUUUACUAGGUACCUGGAGACUAUAUUGCAUGCGCAUAAUCUUUAUGUGUCUGAUAUUGACGAUCCCAACUCCAGAUUUUGGAAAUCCAUAAACGUCAUACGAUAUAUGCACUCGACAAGCAGUCGGAGAUGCAGAAAUGCUGGAAUCGGUGAAAUUACGCACCGUGAUAUGGUACUGACUCAGUUCGGUUUCAUGGGGUAUGCCCUCAUUGCACCAGAAAAAUUGGGUCUGACAAAUGAGAAAGAAGGGAGAGAGGGGAUCAAUCAUUUUUGGCGGGUGGUCGGACAUGCUAUUGGGAUUUCUGACAAUUUAAACAUAUGCCGGAAAAAUGAAGUAGAAACCACUGAUCUCUGCAAAAGACUAGUCAACGAAGUAUUUAGACCUCGCAUGAAAAAUUUCCCAGAAAAUUUUCCAAAAAUGGCAGAUGCACUGUUGGAUGGAAUGUGGUAUAUUAAUCCCACUCUUAAUCACGAUGCUAUGAUGAGUUUUUGGUACGACCUGAGUGGAUUGACAUAUGAGAAGCCACUGGGCUUCGUCAGCACAUUCAGCUACGUGUACAAUUCGUGCACCAUGUAUCUCAUGGCAACUCCCUACAUUGGAUUUUUCGUGAGAAGCGGAUUCAAUUACUCCCUAACUUUUAACUACUGGCUUUUGGAACAUUGGCAAAUACUCGCGUGGAUCCGCUUCGGCAAGCAACAAUCGAAGAUUCACCUAUGUCCGAAAAGAAAAGUAUAGAUUAAUUCACUAUUAGUGAAUGUUUAUCAGUUUCCACUUACCUGAAUAACUUUUCUGCAAUCGUCUUACAUUUCUUCUGUGAAGAAUCAAUUGUGGGCGUUAUUCAUCAGAUUUUUAAUUACUGUUAUAUU